GCUUCCCGGGUCGAGCCCCCGAUGGAGGCCGAGGCCGCGGAGGCCCCCCCGGGCGGGGUCGAAGCGGCGCUCAGCUGCUUUUCUUUCAACCAGGACUGCACAUCCCUAGCAAUUGGAACCAAAACCGGUUAUAAGCUGUUUUCUUUGAGUUCUGUGGAACAACUGGACCAAGUCCAUGGAAGCAAUGAGAUCCCCGACGUGUACAUUGUGGAGCGCCUCUUCUCCAGCAGCCUGGUGGUGGUGGUCAGCCACACGAAACCGCGGCAGAUGAACGUGUAUCACUUCAAGAAAGGCACGGAGAUCUGUAACUACAGCUACUCCAGCAACAUCUUGUCCAUCAGGCUGAACCGGCAACAGAAAGUAAAUGUCUACCAAGCCGUUCCUCCCCUCACCAGCAGGUGGCACUGUAGUUGUACUGUUUUCAGAUGCCCUUUCCAACCGCACAAUUCCUUGGACACUGGCUUUUCACCUCCUGUUUAUUCUUUGUCAGGUCUCUGUGCCCUCUCUAUCAACCAUUCCAAUUCUUACUUAGCCUAUCCUGGAAGCCUGACCACAGGCGAGAUCGUGCUUUAUGAUGGAAACUCGCUGAAAACAGUCUGCACUAUUUCUGCCCAUGAGGGGAUGCUGGCUGCCAUCACUUUCAACUCCUUGGGCUCCAAACUAGCAAGUGCAUCGGAAAAGGGCACGGUCAUCCGGGUGUUCUCUGUACCUGAUGGGCAAAAGCUCUAUGAGUUCCGGAGGGGGAUGAAAAGGUACGUGACCAUCAGCUCUCUGGUUUUCAGUAUGGACUCACAGUUCCUCUGCGCCUCGAGCAACACUGAGACCGUGCACAUCUUCAAGCUGGAACACCUCACCAACAGCCGGCCGGAAGAGCCUUCAACCUGGAGCGGCUACAUGGGAAAGAUGUUCAUGGCUGCUACCAACUACCUCCCCGCCCAGGUGUCGGACAUGAUGAAUCAGGACAGGGCUUUCGCCACCGGCCGCCUGAACUUCUCUGGGCAGAGGAACAUCUGUGCCCUCUCAGUGAUCCAGAAAUUGCCAAGGCUGUUAGUUGCAUCCUCCGGUGGGCACCUUUACAUCUACAAUUUGGACCCUCAGGAUGGAGGAGAAUGUGUCUUAGUCAAGACCCACAGCUUGUUUGGCUCAGGAACAGCAGAAGAGAAUAAAGAAAAUGACCUCAGACCUUCCUUACCUCAGUCUUAUGCAGCAACCGUAGCCAGACCAAGCACGUCCUCAGCCUCCACGGUGCCAGGGUAUUCGGAGGACGGCGGGGCGCUCCGAGGAGAGGUUAUUCCUGAACAUGAGUUUGCGACGGGACCAGUGUGUCUUGACGACGAGAAUGAAUUUCCCCCUAUAAUCUUGUGCCGUGGAAGUCAGAAGGGCAAAACGAAGCAGUCAUGAUGAGACGCACACCUCAGAAAUCAGGACCUCCCCUAUCAGGUGGUUUUGGAGAAAACAAGGAAGGUGGAAGAAUGGAGAGCAGUUGUGUGAGCAGAAAGGGGGGCAGGAGUCCCGGGCGCGGUGCUGCCUACGCCACAGGACAUGGUUAACUCCUCACCCAGGUGCCCUCAGCCCCAGCUGCCAGUGGGCAUGGAAGACGUUAUAUACACAUUAUGCCAUUUAAAAUAUGUUCAAACCAGAGUGCAAAUGCUAACUAACCAUAUUGGUAUAUAACCGGAAUUUUAUAUUAAAAAGGGCAUCCUUUUUAAAUGUAUGCUGUGUAAAAAUGUACGUAUAGGAAAAUCUCUUGGAAUUGUACUUCUUGUAUAUUACAUACAUAUUUAGAGAGACUAUUUUAGCCAGGCAAAGUAUUUUUACAGUGAUUGGGAUAAAUCACGUAUUACCUUUGAGUCCCAUUUAGGACACUAAUAAUAAAAUCAUGGCAAUGCA